GUUGUCACUCAACACCAAACCAUCACCAGAAAAAAGAAAAACCAGACCAACCAUACUACACCAGACACUCCUCCUAACCUUCAAAACCCCUCUUCCUCUUCAUCAAGCCGUUAUAAAAACUUCUCUUGGUUCGGACUUUUGCAUUUCACCUGCAUAUCUGUUCUAACAUGGCUCCCGGGACUGGUGUCUUUGCAGAGAUUUUGGAUGGAGAUGUGUACAAGUACUAUGCCGAUGGGGAGUGGAAGAAAGCUUCUUCUGGGAAAAGUGUUGCCAUCAUCAACCCCACUACAAGAAAGACUCAAUACAAAGUUCAAGCUUGUUCACAAGAGGAGGUUAACAAGGUGAUGGACUUGGCAAAAUCUGCACAAAAAUUAUGGGCAAAGACCCCACUGUGGAAGCGGGCUGAACUUCUUCACAAGGCAGCUGCUAUCCUUAAAGAGCACAAGGCUCCAAUUGCAGAGUGUCUGGUGAAAGAAAUAGCAAAGCCAGCCAAAGAUGCUGUUACAGAGGUUGUAAGAUCUGGUGAUCUGAUUUCUUACUGUGCUGAAGAAGGGGUAAGGAUUCUGGGAGAGGGAAAGUUCUUGGUGUCUGAUAGCUUUCCUGGAAAUGAAAGGACCAAAUAUUGCCUCACAUCCAAGAUUCCACUUGGAGUGAUUUUAGCUAUUCCUCCUUUUAACUACCCUGUCAAUCUUGCUGUCUCCAAAAUUGCCCCUGCACUGAUUGCUGGAAACUCCAUUGUGCUCAAGCCUCCAACUCAGGGAGCCGUUUCUGGUCUGCACAUGAUUCACUGCUUUCACUUGGCUGGUUUUCCCAAGGGCCUAAUCAACUGUGUCACUGGCAAAGGUUCAGAAAUUGGUGACUUCCUAACAAUGCAUCCAGGAGUGAACUGUAUAAGCUUCACUGGUGGAGAUACUGGCAUUGGAAUUUCAAAGAAAGCAGGAAUGAUUCCUCUGCAAAUGGAGUUGGGAGGAAAAGAUGCCUGCAUUGUUCUUGAGGAUGCUGACCUGGAUUUGGUUGCAAUAAACAUCAUAAAGGGAGGCUUUUCAUACAGUGGGCAGAGGUGCACUGCUGUUAAGGUUGUCCUGGUAAUGGAGUCUGUAGCUGAUGCUUUGGUUGAGAAAGUGAAGGCUAAUGUGGCAAAACUAACUGUGGGAGCCCCAGAGGAUGACAGUGAUAUCACUCCAGUUGUGUCAGAAUCAUCAGCCAACUACAUUGAAGGCCUGGUCUUGGAUGCUAAGGAGAAAGGAGCAACAUUCUGCCAGGAGUACAAAAGAGAAGGCAAUCUCAUUUGGCCUUUGCUAUUGGAUCAUGUGAGGCCAGACAUGAGAAUUGCAUGGGAAGAGCCAUUUGGCCCAGUUUUGCCAGUAAUUAGGAUCAAUUCAGUUGAAGAAGGAAUCCAUCAUUGUAAUGCUAGCAACUUUGGACUUCAGGGAUGUGUCUUCACAAAGGAUGUAAACAAAGCAAUACUGAUCAGUGAUGCAAUGGAAACAGGAACAGUUCAGAUAAAUUCUGCCCCAGCUCGUGGACCAGACCAUUUCCCCUUCCAGGGUAUAAAGGACAGUGGCAUUGGAUCUCAAGGGAUUACCAACAGCAUAAACAUGAUGACCAAGGUUAAAACCACUGUGAUCAACUUACCCAGCCCUUCCUACACCAUGGGCUAGUCCUGUAAUAGUUAUUCAUUUGAGUGGCAGAAAAACAAUUUAUAGUGAGUUCGUAAGUCAUGGUGAACGUACAAAGUGUGUGAAUUUAGCAUCUGCUUCUGUUCUGCAGCUGUGAAUCAGAGAUGAAUAAUGAGUUUGAUUGAUGGGGUCACAUACCUCUACUUCAUGUGACUCUUCUCAUACUCAUCUUUAGCAUCAUACCAAUCUCAGUUAUUGUCUUCUACCUUGUCAUCAUUUUGUAAGCAAUUCCUGUUAAGUUUAAUGUUAAAUCAGUGAAUUCAGGAGAAAAAA